GCUGAACUUUCCACACGUUUCAUCUUUUUUUUCUUUUUCUCUAACGUGAAAGAAAAAAAAAAGUGGUAAACCGUGCAGAAAGUUCAGUUAAAAGGAACAAGCACUUGAGCCACCUGAGGCACUUGUAAGCACUUGCUGUUAAUUUUAGGUUAAGCGUACACAUGAUUAUACUUGAGCUAUUGCAAUCUUUCGAAAAAUUUACGUGUUAUUCGUGCAAUCAUAUAUUCCAAUUGCAAUCUUGCGUUUUUGCAUAAAGUAAUGUGCAAGGUACAAUGAUUUGGAUACAAUUUGAAUUAUAUUGUCGCUUACGUUGACAUGCAGAUUGUAUUUUGAAUAAUACAUAUUUUUGCUCUAUUGUCAUACACUUAAUAGGACAAAAAUGAAUCACCACAAUGAGUUGCAAGCCAUUGUACUUGCUGGAGGAAAGGGUUCUCGCAUGAUAGAGCUCACAACGGGCAAGCCCAAGUGCCUGCUGCCAAUUGCAAACGUUCCCAUGAUUUGGUACCCCUUACAGAUCCUCGAACGUUCAGGUUUCAAGGAGGCGAUUGUCGUGAUUGCUGAGGCGAACAAAUCCGAUGUGUCGGCGUCUCUGGACAAGCUAGGUCUGAAGAUCAAACUAGAAUUCGUGGGAAUUCCAGGGAACGAGGAUCUUGGUACAGCUGAUUCCAUCCGACUUAUUCACGAGAAAAUAAACACAGAUAUUCUAGUGAUAUCCUGCGACCUGAUCGCAAAUGUGGAUCUAUCAGAACUCCUGAAUCUAUACAGAAAACGCAGUGCGAGUGUAAUCGCCUUGAUGCUGCCUGCGCUGAAGGUACCGAGCGACUUCGUAACACCAGGCCCGAAAAACAAGCAGAAACCGGAAAUGGACUUGAUCGGCAUUGACAAUAAUACAGGCCGAUUAAUGUUCUUGGCUUCCUCAUUUGAGUUUGAUGAACCAAUGAAUGUUUCUCAGAAGCUUCUCAGGAAGCAUACCAGCUUUACAAUUCACUCCAAACUGAUGGAUGCACAUUUGUAUAUUUUUAACAAAUGGGUGAUAGACUUUUUGGUAUAUAAAAAAACUAUCACGACGCUGAAAGGUGAACUUCUGCCAUACAUGGUUAGCAAACAAUUGUCUGGACCUAAGCAGUCUGUAAAUGACAGAACUUCUAUGAUGCAGAUGAAUUUAAAGGAAGACAUCUUCCAUUUUGCGAAAGAGAACCCAUUAGAUGAGCUAAUAAGAAAGAUGUCAGCCUUCAAUGAUCAUAACACCGAUCUCGAAGAUGCGUAUAACGGAGACAUAAUACGAUGUUACGCUCAUGUAUCAAAUGAAAAGUUUGGUCUUCGGGCGAACACCGUGCAAAUGUAUCAUCUCGCAAAUGCUAAGAUAACAGAAUGGUGGGGUAAUGAUAAAAAUACCAGUCAAUUGCCGUCAAGUAUUUCGAGCACGGCGACUGUGCGCAGUACGCAAAUGCAAGAAUGUCGUAUAGGCGACAACUCAUUAAUCGAAGCAAAAACAUCAUUGAAAUAUAGUCAUAUCGGACCUAACAGCACCGUGGCGUCGAAAACAAGAAUAUCUCAGAGUGUGAUAAUGGGAAAUGUAACUAUUAAGGAAAGAUGCGUUAUUCAUAACUGCAUAUUAUGCAACGGCUGCACCAUCGAAGAAGGCACCGAAUUGAAGAACUGUUUAGUUGGAGCACAAUACGUUGUGAAAAUUGAUAGCCAGACGAAUGAAAGCCGACACUCUUGCGAAGUGCUUACUGAUUGGAUAUAGACUUUUGGUCUAGUUGGAUAUAGAUUGAAUAUAGAAAUUUAACUUCAUUCAUUUUAUUAUAAAUUUUUGUAAAUGUAAUUAAAAAUAUAUUUGUUAAAAAAAAUUUAA